AUGAUAUGCUGCAUAUGGAUGGCUAUAGCGAUGGUGAUCACUGCUUUUCUUAUAUUCAAGUACGAAGGCUUUCGCCGGAAACGAAGCGGAGACGGUGGCGACGGAGGAGAGAAAGAGUGGUCGGGAAAUGUAUAUGAAGAUGAGACUUGGAGGCCUUGUCUCCGUAAUAUUCACCCAGCUUGGCUUCUUGCUUUUCGAGUUGUUGCCUUCUUCGUUCUUCUCAUCAUGUUGAUCGUUAUUGGCCUUGUUGAUGGACCUACCAUCUUCUACUACUACACACAGUGGACGUUUGCUCUGAUCACUCUCUAUUUCGGACUAGGCUCGCUUCUUUCGCUGCACGGAUGCUACCAAUACAACAAAAGAGCGGCUGGAGAUAGAGUAGAUAGCAUUGAAGCCAUAGCCAUUGAGUCGGAGAGGGCAAGAUCCAAAGGCUCUGAUCAUACUCUUCAACAGAGUCAAUACUCUAGUAAUCCAGCUGGUUUUUGGGGUUAUGUUUUCCAGAUAAUCUUUCAGAUGAAUGCAGGUGCAGUUUUGCUCACCGACUGUGUCUUCUGGUUCAUCAUUGUUCCUUUCCUUGAGAUCCAUGAUUAUAGCCUCAAUGUUCUGGUGAUCAACAUGCAUUCUCUUAACGCAAUUUUUUUGCUUGGUGAUGCUGCCUUGAAUUCUCUGAGCUUUCCAUGCUUCAGAAUUGCUUACUUCUUCUUCUGGACAAUAGCUUAUGUCAUAUUCCAAUGGACCCUCCACUCUUUAAUCCAUAUAUGGUGGCCUUACCCGUUCCUGGACUUAUCAUCACACUAUGCUCCACUAUGGUAUUUCUCAGUUGCAGUGAUGCAUUUGCCAUGCUAUGGAGCCUUUGCCUUGUUGGUGAAGCUAAAACAUCGGCUUCUUCAGAGAUGGUUUCCUGAGUCUUACCAGAGUCCUCGGUAG